GAUUGGAAAUUAAUCUCAUCUUCAUUCACACUCAUCUCGUAUUCUCUCUGCAACUCCCAAAACAACCAUGGCAGCAGCUUAUGCAACUCUACUUUCUGCUUUGAAUAUCAUAAACAACCUUCACCAUCAUCCCCGCCCUCCUAUUUCUCUCCCCAUUCAACAAGUUGAGUCUCUCACUCAAAAGAUUAAUUUCCUGCUGGAAUUUCUCGAGGGGUAUAACCCCCAUCGUGGCUACUCCAAAGAAGCGGAUCCAUUGGAGUCUCGCAUUGCAGAUGCAGCUUAUGCGGCCGAACACGCCAUUGAAUCUCAUAUUUUCGAUCAGUUGACAAAUAAUGGAGAAAAUAUGAGUUCUGAUGGCUUGUAUGAAGCUCUGGAGAAGGUGAUAGAAGAAAUGGCUUUGAUCGAAGAGGAGGCCAAGCAAAUUCAAGCGAGAGUUGGAGUCCAACAUCAGCUGCACACAAAAUCAACGACUUCGGAUUCCUCGAGAUCUUCUUCGUCUUCGAUUCCGCAGCAGAGUAGCAUGGUGGGUGCUGAUGAUGUCAAGCUUCAAUUGAUGGAUAAGCUCACUUCUGAUCGCCUUCAUCUACAGAUCAUUCCCAUUGUAGGGAUGGGCGGCUCGGGUAAGACCACUCUUGCUAGAACUAUUUAUGAAGAACGUCUUAUUAAGGAGCAUUUUGAUAUUUGUGCGUGGGCUACCAUCUCUCAAGAAUAUAGCAUUAGAGAAAUGUCUGCAGUAGUUCUUCGUCAGUUUAAUAUAGGAGUUGAUGACGAUUUGAAUGAGGAUGGAUUAGGAGAAAAGUUGUAUAAACAUCUUUAUGGUAGAAGAUACCUAAUUAUAAUGGAUGAUAUGUGGAGCAUUGAUGUAUGGGAUAGAGUGAGGAAUUAUUUUCCAAAUAACAAAAAUGGCAGCAGAAUAGUGGUAACAACAAGACUAUCAGAUUUGGCUUCUACAUUAUCCAACUCUGAUAGCCUUGGGAUGAAACUUUUGGAUGAGGCUGAUAGUUGGGAGCUUCUCUCCAAAACUGUGUUCGGGGAAGAAGGUUGCCCUCUUGAAUUGGAGGAAGUCGGAAAACAUAUUGGAAAAAGCUGCAAAGGACUUCCAUUGUCAAUUGUUGUGAUUGGAGGCCUUUUGGCAAAGUCCAAACAUGAAAGAGAGUGUUGGGAAGAGAUAGGGGAAAACUUGAAUGCAAGUGUUAAUUUAGAGGAUGACGAGCGUUGCUUGAAAAUACUAUACAUGAGUUACAAGCAAUUGCCAAUACAUUUGAAACCAUGUUUUCUCUAUAUGGGAGUUUUUCCCGAAGAUAAGGUGAUUCGUAUGUCAGAGCUCAUUAGAUAUUGGGUUGCGGAAGGAUUUGUGAAAGCAGUAAGUGGGAAAAGCUUGGAAGAGAUAGCACAAGAGUAUUUAAAAGACCUUAUUGGUAGAAAUCUUGUGCUUGAGAGUCUUGUUGAAAGAAAUUUUGAAAAAUGGGGAGAGAAAUGUUGUCAAAUUCAUGAUUUGUUGAGAGACUUGUGCUUGAGAGAAGCUGAAAAAGAAAGGUUUUAUAAUAGCGCAUCAGAUAAUGUAGGCAUAAGCGUCUUGCCGCCUAUGUCACAAGCUCGUUCUUUGACGUGGAAUGAUCAACAAGAACUAUCACCUCUGAAUAUGAGCUUGAUGAGGAUAGUGAAAUGGAAUAAAUCCCAUAAAAUCCAAGAAGAUUUAUUUGCACACAUCGAUCAAUUAGUUAACUCACGGGUCCUUGAAACAGGUUUUCUCACAAGAAUAGAGGGGGAUUUUCCUUGUUCAAUAUGGCGAUUUUGGAAUCUACAAACACUAAUUGUUUCCACCAUCAGAGAGGUUACUGCGCCAACUGAUUUUUGGUACAUGCCUCGCAUCAGGCAUGUUCAGAUCUCUAAUCUUCGUCUCACAAAUCCUCCUAACGAGCAAGAUGACAUUGUUUUGGGAAAUCUGCAUAGCCUCGGGAAAGUAUUAGAUUUCAAGUGUAGUGUACAAGUCGUCAAAAAAAUUCCCAAUAUAAAAGAAUUGGCUUUUCAUAAUAGGGGAAAGCGUGAUGAUGAGAUGUAUUGUUUGAGCAAUCUCGAUUGUCUAACUAAACUUGAGUCCUUGAAUUGUUGGAUUUCGCGAAGAAGUGCAAUCAACUUCCCCCAUUCGCUCAAGAGUUUAGUUAUUCAUUACGGUUGUUGGGAAGACAUAUUGGAUAAGGUAGGUGUGUUGCCCCAUCUUCAGAAGCUCACACUCCUGCAAGGGAGUUUCAAGGAAGGGAAGUGGGAAACAACUGAAGGCCAAUUUCGCAGCCUCAAAUUCUUCACUCUUUACUUUUGUGAAAAUCUAGAAAUCUGGAAAAUUGAAAGCUCCCACUUUCCAUGCCUUGAGCGCCUUCAUCUUACUGGACAAAUUAACUUGCAGGAAAUCCCUUUAGAGUUCGCAGAAAUACCCACACUUAGAGAAAUUGUUGUGGGGUAUUGCAGAGAUUCGGUUGUGGUUUCUGCUAAAAGAAUAUCAGAGGAACACGGGGACUAUUACGGGGAAGGAGCCCUUCAAGUUCGCGUUGUCCUCUUUAAGCCGAAGGAAGCAGGAAUGGAGAGCUUGGAUGGUCCUAACUUUUAUGUUAGACGUUUCGGUUCUUGAGAAUCACUGCUACUAAGCAUAACUGAAAAACAAGUUGGAUGCUGCAAUUGUUGUUUCACUCUUCCAUUCAGGUCGGCAUGGAUCAGCUCAAACAAGAAACACAGUAUUUUUCAUUUUUCAUCACAUAUGUUAAUAUUCGUAUCAUUUUAUAGUGAAUGUGAUUCCUCAUUAAUGGUUAUUAAUUCCAUAUGCCAUUUUCAUCAUGUCAUGUAUCUCCAUCCUGAUUUGAUUUGUGAACUAAAUUUUCUAUUCAUGUAUCGAUUAAAUUAAUUUCUGUUAAUUUA